AUGUCUGCGAGUCAUCCAUAUCGCAGCAUCCCACUGCCUCGUGAUGCAUCAUUCGAACUGAAACCCUCGCCGGGCAAAGGAUGGGGUGCCUUCGCUACCAAACGCAUUGACCGAGGAUCGAUGAUUUUGAGCGAAGACCCUCUCUUCGUUAUUCGGAAGGCGACUCCUGAAAUCACCGAAGUUGACAUUUCUGCAGCUCAUUUGAAGCUUUCAACCAGCCAGAAAGCACAGUUCUCACUCCUUCGAGACAAUGGGUCGAAGUUUUUUACAAGUUUGAGGAACGCCAUGGCUCAAAACUCGUUUGACAUCUCAGAUGGGUCUCCAGCUAACGGCCUAUUCCUCGUGCACUCUCGGUUCAACCAUUCCUGUCUACCCAACUCGCAAGUGCCAGCCUUUCAUGGAGAAACCAUUAGACUUUACGCCACCAAGGACAUCCAGGCUGGCGAGGAGAUUAGUAUCUCUUACCUUGAUUCUAAAGGACAUACUAGAAACGAGCGUCAGAAACUCAUGGACUUCGCCUGCGACUGCAAAGCGUGUCUACCUGGUACUCCAUUUCAACAACUUAGCGACCUACGACGACGAUUGAUUCGAGGGCUACAUUGCCUCAGGCGUGGCAAGGAUCUCUGGAAUGGACGGGUACAAAGCCCAGACUCUCCGAUCAUUGUUGACGCCAAAUUGAAAACUGCCGCCGAAAACUUCAAAAUACCUCUUUCGUCGAGAUUGGUCUGUUGCCUUCUCACAAUUGUCUUGCUGGAAGAAGAGGGAGUGCUGGAUGACUUCGAGGUGGAGAUGAUGGGAAUAAAUGUCACCAUGACGGCGAACAUGUUCAGAUCAGAGUACAACCAGAGAGUUGUUAUGCUCGCUAUGGCUCAGAAUACCUGGUUGGAGAGAUUGCAGGGGGUGUUUGGACUGUAUGGGCGAGGAGAUCUGGCCGAUGAUGACAGCACCCAAAUGCUACAACUGCUUAGCAGAACUCUUUCGGGAUAA